CAAAAUCGUCCUCGCCAAGGCUUUCGACCUGAAAUGUACAAUCCCAGAGAUCGAAAACGUCGGCGAACCUCUGUUGCUGUAUAAGAAUGUCUAACCCGAGCGGGUUUAUGCUUGCGUCCGUGAAUUGGACGAACGAUGUUGAUGACCGAACAAUCCCUUGAUUUGGGUUGGACCUAUAUCACGUCCCGGGUCGCAGUGAUCCUACAUUAUUUUUCUUUUCCCUUCUCACCUUAUGCCAGCAUUGGGAUGCGCCUGGAGCUUUUCUUCUCUCGGUCUUUUCUUCUCUGUGUUAAAUUCCCCCACCUGUUCGUUUCUUGUAUGCCCAUUGCCCGUCUGGUGUUUGUAUUUUUCUUACCCGUCGCUCUCUUGCGAGGAUCCACUAUGUCAGAGUAUCUAAUGCGCGGAAGGCAUUGCAGUCUUCGCCUGAUAAAAUGUCAAAUGACGCACCCUAUAAUAUACGGCUUACCAAUUCAAUCAGCUAUCGAAGUAACCUACGAAUCAAGUCAGGUCUUUAAGUGGAUCGGAAUGACUAUUUCUGGCCAUGUUAUAUUUUAACGUUAAGUUAUACAUUUCCAUGACCCGUAGAUUAGGGCUUGACCACCACUCAAGGACAAAAAUAGGCGAUAAUAUAUUUUGCGGACUUCACUAACAGAUAGGUAUAAAAUAACAUUACUUUACUACCAUCGUCUUAGGCAACCGACUCCGACCGAUCCCCCGUCAACUCCCUGGAAUAAGGCGGAACAAGCA